GGAAGCCGCCGUCGUCGGCGUGUAGAAUUGUCCCUAACGCAGUCUGCAAAGCGUUAAAGGUCGAUAGUGGCCGUUGAUUUUUGAAACUGUGGCUCAUAACAAACAUCUCCGCGCUUGAAUAUCCUAAUUAGGUAAGGAAGACCAUGUCUGUGUUGGGAGGGCUACUUCAAGCUGGGGUAUCCAUCUGUCAGUCCACUGGAGCUUUCAUGCAAGCAGCCAGACACAUAUCUACUGGUAUGUGCUGCCGAAUCCGGAUGGUUGGUGUUCCUGAAUUUAAGCCCGUAGACAGUUGGAAUGAGAAGAGGACCAUGUUUGGGGUCUAUGACAACAUUGGCAUUCUAGGUGAUUUUAAAGCCCAUCCUAAAGACAACAUCGUGGGCCCCUGCUGGCUGCGGGGUUUUCAGGGCAACGAACUGCAGCGUCUGAUUAGGAAGAAGAAGAUGGUGGGGGACCGGAUGAUGACUCUGGACAAGCAUAACAUGGAGAAGAGGAUCCGCUUCCUCUACCGCCGCUUCAACCGCUACGGCAAACACCGCUAGUGGGGAACGAGCGACUCGUCCGACACGUCCGGCCAACAAACGACAAGGACCACGGGGGGGGGGGGGGGGGGAGUACGACCGUCACAUUAUGUCGCCUCUUCGUUAUGUAUAUAGAUAUGUAGAUCGACUGCUUGGUGUGUUUUUGUGUGUGUUCCUCCUGCAAACAAGUGUGACUCUCUUCAGUCCUACCAACACCUGAUUUACCUGCUGGAUAUCUUUUUUUUUUGAAAGAAUGGUCUAAAGAGAAGAAGACGUCUCUGUCCAUCGAAGGUCUGCCAGUGGACUCAAACAUAGAGGUGCCCAGAUAGUAAUGAACAGUACAGCGAUGGGUUCUGUCACAGUUGGGCUACUGCAAUUACAUUUGUUUUGCAUUCAUAAAGGCUGUUGCGUAGGUGUCAAUACAAAUUCUGGCCAAUUGCAAGGCUGAUCUUGCUUGUAUUGCUUAAAAGAAAUGUGGGCAAGUAAUAUAUUACUGGUGGCGCAGUGGUUAGCGCGGUCGCCUCACAGCAAGAAGGUCCUGGGUUCGAGCCCCGGGGUAGUCCAACCUCGGGGGUCAUCCCGGGUCGUCCUCUGUGUGGAGUUUGCAGGUUCCCGCCGGGUCUGCGUGGGUUUCCUCCCCCAGUCCAAAGACAUGUAGGUCAGGUGGAUUGGCCGUACUAAAUUGUCCCUAGGUAUGAGUGUGUGUGUGUGUGUGUGUGUGUGUGUGUGUGUGUGUGUGUGUGUGUGUGUGUGUGUGUGUGUGUGUGUGUGUGUGUGUGUUGGCCCUGUGUGAUGGUCUGGCGGCCUGUCCAGGGUGUCUCCCCGCCUGCCACCCAAUGAGUGCUGGGAUAGGCUCCAGCAUCCCCGUGACCCCGAGUAAGGAUAAGUGGUUUGGAUAAUGGAUGGAUGUCUUUUAACAAUACCAGUGGCGGGUCAGUUCUGGUGUCUGGCCCGAGACUUUCAGGCAGGAGGCCGACUAGGGUUGUGGCGUCUGCCCCGACCCACCGAGAGGUAAAAAGGUCUGAAGUGUGUCCCAACAUCUUACCCUCGAGGUGAUUUUUAUAACUUUGGAUUUGGGACUUCUGUCGGUAGCGGCGAUGCUCGAAUGAUGUGUGACCCAAACGGCGUCAGUGUGGCGAGAAGGCCGGUCGUGUCAAUAAAGCCGUUAACGUUUGCUGGCGUUUGCUGCAUCC